AUGGUGUCUUCCGACGAGAGGUCAACGCCCGAUAGCGUGGGCAACCGCGGAUUCACAACUGACUCGUUGUCGGCCACUCAGGGGCGUCUCAACCUCCCUGAGAGGCCCGGCACACCGAAACUGAACGGAAUCAACGGAUCGGCGAGUGUGACGCAGACAGAGCAUAAGGCGCCAUCAACACCGUCAAGAGCGGCUGUCAAGCGCGCGUCUCUGAGUGCGACCCCCCGCGCAUUCAGGAAAAAGGUACCCUGGAAGGGUAAAAACAUCAUGGUAUGCUUCCCGAGCAACGACCGACGGGGUCAGCCCGGCGGGCCUCCAAUGCCCCUUACCGAGACCCAGGUGAAGGGCAUGCUUCGAAGUUGGGAGGAGCUUGGGUACAACACCGAAGGAUUCGAUUUAGCAUCGGAUGCACAAGAGCUUGGGACUGUGGAGCAUUCACAUAGUAGGGGAUCCUGGCCCGACUUUGAUGAUGUCGCACGGGAGCGGCAGAGCGGCAAAUACCCAAUAGUCCUCCCCGAUCUCAAUGCCUGGAAGAAGUACGUCGACGAGCUCAACGAGGCCAAACUUCGCGCCCUGGGCGUUUCGUUUGGCGAUGAAGAACCUCCCCUCCCUCCGCCGCCAGCGAUCUCCCCCGCUACGACGAUGAGCCGGCAAACGUCGAUGCAAUAUCCGCCCCUGCCAUUCUCCCCACCGAUUCCAACGUCCUCCGCAUCGAGCAACCAAGCAGUCCCCGGCUUCCCAUUCAACGUGCCGUUCGUCACCUCUGCCGCCCAGAGUCCAGGUAUCCCGGCUGGCGCAUCACCGGGGCCGUUCAACAAGUUCAAUCCCCGGGCGUCUAUCUCGAUCCCUUCGCCACAUGGGUGGUCUCCCUCCAUCAUGCUCGGGCACCGUGUUGGCUCGCCCUCGCUCGCAAACCUCAGCGCCAUGAUGUCUCCUACUUCCCCAUUCUCUCCUGAUGGGAUGGGCCCUGUCGGGCCUGUUGGACACCAACGGCAUCAGUCACUACAGUUCCCUGUCUUGCCUCACCAGUUCCAAGUGCCAGUCAGAGCCUCGCCGCGCCUGCAGGAUCUGUGCGAAAUCGACGAGGAACCGGCAGAGGAAGAGGCAUCGAAGCCCCACGAAGCCGGCUUUGUGCACCACAACGCUAGUGAUAGCUUGCAGAAGGAAAUUGACGAGGCUGAGUAUCACCUCGAGGAGCAGAUGCGCUCCCAGCUCGACAAUGACGAAGACUACAGCCCCCACAACGAAAACGAUAAGGGAGAGAUGCCCGCAUUGCCAUCUGUGCAGUUCGCGGCUCAAGCCACCCAGUUUAGUCAAGCGGAUGGUCUUGUUUUGCAUCACCCCAGACCGCACAGCCGAGGUCACUCGCUCUCUCAGAAGUUUUAUACCGAAGACGACGCAACUGUCGAGGGUGGCUACAGACCCACGCUGCAGGGCAUUAGUUCGCACUUGUCAGAAGAUUCCGAGAUCGAGACCAAUCCGAGUAAUCUGGGAACUCCUGUUCAGAACUUUGAUUUUGCCAAGAUCGCCCACCAGCGGACGCUGUCGAAUGACAGCAACCCAUGGCAACACAGUGAGCCCGGAAGGCCGGCUGCUAACGGCAAUCACCAGCCACGCGUAAGCCACGGCAGCAAGUCUUCUUUCUCGAAGCUCAAUGUUGAGGCUCCGGAGUUCAAGUUCAACCCCGCGAGCUCGUUCACUCCAGAUAACGGGUUUGCCUUCUCAAACUCCUCGUUCGCGACCCCUGUCUUCAACGCAGGGUUACCGCAGACCGUUCCCAAUGCGUUUGGUAUGGCGGCUCCGUUGCCAGCGCCCGUUCCAGCUCCUGUGCCAGCUCCUGGCCCUACCAAGAUUAAUGUCAACGCUGCGCCCUUUUCGCCUGGAUCGAGCGACUUUAGCUUCUCAAGCUCAGGCCCCAAGUUCAGGCCUGAUGCUCCCGCCUUCACCCCAACUGGCAUCCCCGGAGUGACUGCUGGUUCCGUGAAGAGCACGAGCAAGCCUGGCUCCAUCUUUGGAAGCAUUGAUCUUUCUGCCGCGGACAUUGUCAAGCCCGCGAAGAAGUCGCAGGCCGUUCUUAUCACCAAGCCUGAGGAUGAACAGCCCGAUGAGGAGCGUGAGGGUGGCAAGGCACCUGGUCAGUACACUGGUGAGGAGACACGCAGCAAACGAGCCAGGUCUUCGGUUGCUCCCGAUGAUGAUAUUGCUCUCUUUGCGGAACGUACAGACGACCCUACCUUGGUCGUCGCCAAGCCAGAGACGGUUGCCGAAGACGAUGGACCGGUGGAGGACAAGUCCUUCGAUGAGUCCAACAACGGCCAGGAAGACACUGCGCAGUCGUCCAUGGUCAUUUCAGCAACACCGGAUACUGAGGCUGCAAUCAGUCCCUCUGAAACUUCACCGGACCAGGCGACUGUUCCUUGGGCGCCAUUCGAGUUCAACAAGCCGACUGAGAUGCAGGCAUUCGCCGAGGCCGCGCCAUUCGAGCCUGGAAGCUUCAAGGCUGGCCAUACGAAAUCACUUUCAGCCACGGCCAAGGCCUUCGUUCCUGGCGUGCCUGUGUGGGAAGACGAUAAAGAUACCACUCCUGAAGCUACACCUAUCGUUGCCAACGACGAACAUUCAGGACUCAGUCAAGAUGCCGCUGAAACAGUCGUCGAGUCUAUCGAGCAGCCAGAGGAGGACCUCGAAGUGCCGAGUCCCGCUGCCACCCGAUCACUCGACAAGGAACUACCCCCAGCUCCUAAGGGGUUGGCUGCGUCCCGUUAUGCCCGCUCCUCCCCUCCACCUCCGCCUCCACCCAAGCAAAGCGGGCUCUCGGCCUCCCGGUUUGCCACCGCUCCCUCCCCGAGCAACGAGCAACCACAGCAACAAGUUUCCAUGCCUGCUUCGUCUACUGAACUUGAUGACAAGCCCUUGCCCUCAGCUCCGGCGGAGGAGGCUGCUGGGGAUAUGCUUGCCGAACCCACCAUGGCUGAUCUGGAUGAGAUCAUGCGUCGACUCAACGAAAAUCCGGAUAUGGGUGUGAAAAAGACGUAUAACAACGAGAACCAAUGGGCCCAUGCUGACCCAGCUCCUCCUCGGGGAACGUCAUUGGAGGUUCCACUUGACGCGCCUCUGCUCCGCAGCGAGGCUUCUAGCCCUAAGCCAAGCAGCCGUCAGUACGAUGAAAUGGCCGACUCCCCAAGGACGUUGUCUGCCGAGCCUGAAGAUCCGUUCAACGAUCAAAUGCAGUACACAGAGGGUGCAGUUCAGCGCCUCAAUGGAAGCGAGAGCCUUCCUGCUAGCGACUGGGAGGGCACCUUCACAGAGGACGAACAAACGAAGCUUGAGUCGCGUGUCAAGUUCUUUGACGGCCGUGUCAGCGAUCUUGUUGAUGGACUGCUUGCUGCUCGCCUCAAGCCUUUGGAGCAGCUUGUCUCUGGUCUUGCUCGCAGCGGAAAGCACCUUCAUUCUUCCCAGCCACGUCACAGUGUGUCGGAUACGGAAGAUGGCGACGACGAAGAGGAUGGGUUGACUCAUCUCAGGCGCCCUGCGAGCCCCCGCCGGGACCGCAGAAUGCAGCAAAUUCGUGCGGCUGUUUCCGAGGCGCUCGCAGCUCACCAAAAGAUUCCAGCAGAAUCGGCUCGUUCUUUGGCGGGCGAGGACAAUUCUCGUGUCCUGUCUGUUUUGGAAGAGAUGAAGACACAACUCAACGUCAGGGCCGACAUUGGGAAUAUCGUGGAGGAGGUUAUUGAACGGCGUAUCCCGCCCGCGGCUGUGGAUAAGGAUCAUGAGAUCAGCCAGUUGCACGCUCGGCUUGCGGCUUUGGAGCAGCGUCUUCAGGAUAGCGAUGCCAAGCUGGCAGCUGAAACUGCUGCUAGACGGGCGGCCGAGGAUAGUGCCGCUAGGGCUAGCCGUGAGCUUGAGAAUGCGGCUACCAAGAUUGAUGUUGAAAUGAUGAACAAGAGCUCCUUGGGGCAGCGCAUCAACGACCUCGAGGAGCGUGUGCACCACGCCGAGCAUCAGGUGGAGGAGGCAGUCAACGGUAGAAGGGCUGCUGAAGAUCGUCUUGCAGAGAACCAGCGGUUGCUUCGCAUCUCUUCAGAAGAGGAGACUCGUCUUCGUGAACUCGUCGAUACUAAGGAUAGCGAGAUGAACGAGGCGCGCAAGGAAACUCUGCACUGGCGGGGUGAAGCUACCCGUAUUGCUACUAUUGCUCAGAGACGGGAUAAGGACCUUGCUCAGGCGCUUGACGAAAAUAAGGCGCUGCACAAGCUCAUUGAGACCCUUGGCACCCAGGUCGAGGAGAACGAGCGUGUCCGUGACAACUAUCGCACCAAGUUGUUCUCUCUCCAGGAGGAUAUGGCCAAGGCUGCAAAGGAUAUUGCUGAGGAGAAUGCCCGUCAUGCCAAACGGGAGCAAGGCCUUGUCGCUCGGCAGGAGGUUCUCGAGGCUAGACUUCAGGCCGAGGCUCGAACUCGCGAGCGCAUUGAGACUGAGCUCCAGAGGCUGGAAAUGGGCGAGCGCCAGGGCAUGCGCGCUGUCGCAGAGUGUAAGAGACUCGAAAAUGUUCUCGCCGAGAUGCGCACCGAGAAUCACAAGUUGCACCAGAGCGCCCUCCGCUACCAGGCCGAAUUUGAAGAGGCUAGGGAGUCUGCUGCCCGUGAGGUUCAACGCACUCGCGAUGCUAUGCAGAGCGAAAUCGACGCUGCCAAUCACCAGGUCAACGUUGCUCGCAACGAGCUUGAGGACCAGAUGGCGAGACUUAGAAGCCAGCUCGACCAAGUCAAGAUGGAUGCUGACACUUCCAAGGCGCGCCUUGAGAUGCUCUUGGAGGAAGCUCAAACCACCAAGCAGACCGAGCUUGGAGCCCUUGCUGAGAAACAUCAGAACGAGAUGGAGGACCUGCAGGCACGUUACGACCGCCAGCUCAGCAACACCAGAGAAGAUGCCCACCGCACUGAGCAGAACCUGCUGGAGCGUCUUAGCAUCUCCACCUCCAAGUCCGAGCACCUCCAAGACAAGGUCGCCCAUCUCGAGGAGAAGCUUGAGAUUGCCAAGGAGGCUGCACGGGCUGCUGCUCAGGCUGCCAAGUCGUCUGUUGGUGGUGCGGAAUUACCUGCCCAGGUUGGCGCUUCCGCGGCCAGGGAAUUGGGAGUUCCAGAGAGGAUUUCGCCCCAGGCUCUGCGCGAGUCCAUCAUGGUCUUGCAAGAGCAGCUCCAGGAGCGUGAGCAGAGAAUUGAGGAGCUUGACCAGAAGCUUGCCAAGGUUGAUCCCGAAGCGGAGACCAAGAUUUCGAAGCGCGACGACGAGAUCAUCUGGCUCCGUGAGCUUCUUGCCGUCAGACACUCGGAUCUGCAGGACAUUAUUGCUGCUCUCGGACGUGAAGAUUACGACAAGAACACGGUCAAGGAUGCGGCGAUCCGUCUCAAGGCCAACCUCCAAAUGGAGGAGCAGGAACGCGAAAGGGCACUCAAUGGUGGUUCUGCCAUCAACCUGCCCAACAUUGCCGCCACCAUUCGCGAAGCGGCCACUCCCCGCGUUGCCCAGGCUGUUGGUCCUUUGGCGGCCGCGUGGGGUAACUGGCGCAGGUCGAGAGAUCCGUCGUUUGGUGCUGCCAGCAGUGUACAGUCGCCCACCGGGUCGACUAGUGGCAGCAGCACCACACCAUCCAAGAGCGGCCCUACUGCGAGCGGCUUCCUCGGGGGUCUGUUGACACCUCCUGCCUCCAGUCUUAGACAGACGCCAACCGCCCCUCCAGUAAAGCAGCCGACUGCUUUCUCGAGCACCGGACGCCGCUUCACUGCCCAGGACCUUGCCAACCGACCUCUCGGGCCAGCUUCUGCCGCCGUGCAACAAGCGCAACUAGAGACGGCAGCUGCUGUCCCUGCUCUCCCCUCGGUGUUGAGCACCCCGCCCCGUCGCACCGCCUCUUCCGGACCAGUGACACCACCGAUGCGGGACAACGCCUACGAUUCCGAUGCGCAAGACUUUGACGAUGCCGAAUUUUAUGAGGAGUGAGCACGUCCUCAGGAACCAGCACCAUCAUCAGUUCGUGUCUGUAAGCCCGCGUGGCUAAAAUUAUUAUAACCCCUUAUUUCCUUUGUUUAUUUUCUAUUGUUUGUGUUGUCAAUCAAGAUGGAGGAGAAGAGAGUUGUAGAUAAUGAUGGAUGGGAACGCGAGUGUUGGCAUGAAACACACACCAAUCAGCAACAUGGUUUACAUACACACACACCCAUUCACACACUGAGAAAAACAAAGAAAGCAAAAACUAGAAUGAUACCCCUUCCCCCUUUUAUAUAUUUCUCUCACUACCAGAUUGUUGUUGUUGUUGUUGUUGUUGUUGUUUGAGGAAACUUUGGUAAUUUUGGCUUUUUGUCGAUAGUUGUUGUUUCUGAGGAGGAGGAAAGCAAAGUUCGGUUUUGAUCAAUUCACUGUCAUUGUCUUUUUUUUUUUUAGUUGGCACCAGCAGCAAGUUUGGCUUUGGAUGUAUGAUUCUGUAUAUUGCCUUCUCUUCUGUCUCCCUCCCCUAAAAAAAAAGGGUGAG